GAAGGCGUCCUGACUUCAGUCCCACAUCUGUUGGAGCAUCAUCAUCACAUCCAGCUACAAGUGGACCGCCUUCCACACCUGCAUUCGCACACUUAAUUCACAACAUUAAUGAAAUACAUGAGGACGACAGGCGACGUGGCUCUCGCUUCCCCGGCAGGUGAAGUGUUUACGGGAUGAAGGCGCUCCUGAGGCGGUUCCACUGAGCUGCCCACCGGUGACAGACUGAUUGUUUCCGUGGAUUAGUCUGGUCACACGUCUACCCACAACGCGGCUGUUUGGAAGGGCUGGGUUGCAGACAUGCACCCACCAUCUCGACAGGAUUAUGUAUCUAUAACGCUUGCUGGACAAGGAAGUGGCAUUUACAACAACAGUAAGCAGUGGAGGAGGCAGUCCUGCUGGAGGAAAUGGAAGCAGCUGUCGAGGCUGCAGCGCAGCCUCAUCCUCUUCAUGCUCGUCCUCCUGCUUAUUUGUGGAAUUGCCUCAUAUCCUACUAUCACUGAACACCUCCGAGGCCUUCCAGACGGCGAUCAGGAGCCAGACGAUGCGCUGAGGCAGGUCCUCCCUCACGCGCUGCCUGCACCGGUCAAACCAGGCCAACUCCCACUGCCUGAACAAACCUCCAAGAGGAAGUUGUCCAAUAAGAGAGGACCACCCAUUAUUCUGAAUCAUCUGCAGAAGAAUGGAAACGCCUCCAAUGCAGUGGCUCAGGACAAGGCAGCCGAUGGCAAGAAGGAAGGGGAGGAUCAGGGAGUCAUCAGUUGGCGUGGAGCUGUGAUUGACACUGAACAAGGAACGGAAGGAACCAAGGAUGGAGAAAACAAAGAGGAAUCCCCUGGAAACCAAGAAGAAAAAAGCACUAAAGAGUCAGAAUCCAAAUGGCUGGAGGCGGUUCAGGAUGCAUUCAGACAUGCAUGGAAGGGCUAUAAAGACUUUGCUUGGGGCCACGAUGAGCUCAGGCCCAUCUCCAAGUCCUACAGCGAGUGGUUCGGCCUGGGCCUGACGCUCAUCGAUGCCCUGGAUACCAUGUGGAUCCUCGGCCUCAAAGAAGAGUUUGAAGAAGCGAAGGCGUGGGUGGCCACAGAGCUGUCAUUUAACAAGAAUGUGGACGUCAACUUGUUUGAAAGCACCAUCCGGAUCCUGGGCGGCCUGCUGAGCACUUACCACCUGACCGGAGACACUCUGUUCCUGGACAAAGCUAAAGACAUCGGCUCCAGGCUGAUGCCCGCCUUCAACACCCCGUCCAAGAUCCCCUACUCCGAUGUGAACAUUGGCAAAGGGACCGCCCACCCCCCUCGCUGGACCUCAGACAGUACCGUGGCCGAGGUCACCAGCAUCCAGCUGGAGUUCAGAGAGCUGAGCCGGCUCACAGAGGACCCACAGUACCAGGCCGCUGUGGCUGAGGUCAUGAGGCAGGUCCACAAACUGGACGGGAAACUGGACGGACUCGUCCCCAUGUUCAUCAAUACCAACAACGGCCAGUUCACCCAUCAGGGCAUCUACACACUGGGCGCCAGGGCCGACAGCUACUACGAAUACCUGCUGAAGCAGUGGAUCCAGGGAGGCAAGAAGGAGACACAGCUCCUGGAGGACUAUCUACAGGCCAUCGAGGGGGUCCAGAAGAACCUGGUACAGAAGUCUUCCCCAAACGGACUCACCUUCGUUGGAGAGCUUUCCCACGGACAGUUCAGCCCCAAAAUGGACCACCUGGUGUGUUUCCUUCCUGGGACCCUGGCCCUCGGUGCUCAUAAUGGCCUGCCAGCCGAUCACAUGGAUCUGGCCAAACAGCUGAUGGAGACCUGCUACCAGAUGUACCUGCAGAUGGAGACGGGCCUCAGUCCGGAGAUCGUCCAUUUCAACAUGCACCAGGGCAGCAUCCGGGACAUCGACGUGAAGCUCGCAGACAGACACAACCUGCUGAGACCAGAGACGGUGGAGAGCCUCUUCUACCUUUACAGAUUCACCAAGGACCACAAGUACCGGGACUGGGGCUGGGAGAUUCUGCAGAACUUCAACAAGUACACCAAGGUUUCCUCCGGGGGCUACACCUCCGUCAAUAACGUCCGCGACCCGGACUACCCGAGCCCCCGCGACAAGAUGGAGAGUUUCUUCCUGGGCGAGACCCUGAAGUACCUGUACCUGCUGUUCUCCAACGACACCGACCUGGUCAGCCUGGACCGGUACGUGUUCAACACCGAGGCUCACCCUCUGCCCAUAUGGCCUUCCACUGCGUGAUCCACACCCACAGGUGGCAUCAAACUGCACAAGUAUCUCAGGGUUUGUUUAACACCAACACAUAGCAUUAGAAGCCCUUAUUCUGUCUCAGUGACUGGAAACCCUGAACACAAACAGAAAAAGCCUCUUUUCUACCGUUUGAUUUGUGCUCGUAGCCAUGGACGGUGGCUCCGUUGAUCUCUUUGACUAUUGUGUGUUUGCGUGGUCGACCUCUGAGACCCGAUAGUGACGGUUUGUGCUGGAGAAGCAGAUGAAUGUUCGUGUCCUCUGAAGCAUCACCAAGUGUCAGCGUUGAAGAAAAAUUGAACAGUGACUUGAAGAUGAGAUGUCUUAAUAGUUUGUUUAGUGGAUGAUUCAGUGUUGGAUCUGUGCAGGUUUUUAACAAAUGAUGAGUUCAUAUUUAUCUAAAAAAAAAAAUAAACAAAAGGCCAUUUUUAUGUCAGGAAUAGAGUCUCAACAGGGCGGAGGAGGUCCUGGAAAAGCAUUUAGCACUUAACAGCCGACUGCUCGGAGCCGUUGGGUUUAAUUUAAGGUUUAUUUAAACCAGGGGUGUCGAACUCAUAGUAGUUCAGGGGCCACGUUCAGCCCAAUGUGGUCUAAAGU